AAUCAUGUGACCUGAUGGAGAAAUACAGACGUUUUUUGUCACCGUUUAAUUUGUAAUUAUAAGUAUUUAGAGACGGUUAAAACACAAUGAAUAUAGCCGUUGACGUUAACCUGACGUCAUUACGCCAGUCACAUAAUCAGCACAGUUGUUCCAACGGACGUAAAAUGACCGAGAUUAAAGCAGCAGACAGCCUCGUGUUGUUACCGGAAGUGUGAGGGGUGUUUCCAUCAGAAGCUCCACAGUCUCUCUCCUCUCCUUCAAAAAAGCCCGACUUUCAGCUCCUGUCAGCGGCUACACAGCUCCCCUCUCCCCGGGAAACACCUGCGGAGGAACCGGGGGAUGGUCCCAGCCGCCCGGAGAUGGCGUCCUUCCCCGGGUUGAAUUCCGAGGAUCAGGCGGAGGGAGACGGGUCUCUGCUGGAGAUGCUGAAGGCCAUCGCGGAGGAAAGGGUCCGGAUCAGCGGCCGGCAGGAGAUCAGCGGCCUGGGCUGUUUUAAGGACGACCGCAUCGUGUUCUGGACCUGGAUGUUCUCCACGUAUUUCAUGGAGAAGUUCGCUCCUCUGAAGGACGACAUGCUGUUCUACGUCCGCAGGAAGCUGGGCGCCGACCUGAGCGACGGAAAGAAGGUGGAGGUGGAGGUGUACAGGAGAGACUCGAAGAAGCUUCCGGGCCUCGGAGACCCCGACAUCGACUGGGAGGAGAGCGUGUACCUGAACCUCAUCCUGCAGAAGUUGGAUUACGUGGUGACGUGUGCGGUCUGCACGCGCUCAGACGCCGGAGACAUCCACAUCCACAAGAAGAAAUGUCAGGAGGUGUUUGCGUCUCCCAGUAAACACGCCAUGGACAGCAAAGGAGAGGAGUCCAAGAUGAGCUACCCCAACAUCUUCUUCAUGAUCGACAACUUUGAGGAGGUGUUCAGCGACAUGACGGUGGGCGAGGGGGAGAUGGUGUGUGUGGAGCUGGUUGCGAGCGAUAAGAGCAACACCUUCCAGGGAGUCAUCUUCCAGGGGUCCAUCCGAUACGAGGCGCUGAAGAAGGUCUACGACAACCGGGUGAGCGUGGCAGCGAAGAUGGCUCAGCGCAUGUCGUUCGGUUUCUAUAAAUACAACAACAUGGAGUUUGUGAGGAUGAAGGGUCCGCAGGGCAAAGGUCACGCAGAGAUGGCCGUCAGCCGAGUCCCAACCGGGGACACGUCGCCCUGCGGCACCGAAGAGGACCAGGUGUCCCCGCUGCACGAGAGGGUGACGUCGUUCAGCACCCCCCCCACCCCCGAGAGGACACGCCCCUCUUUCUUCUCCCCAUCUCUGAGGAGGAAGAUCCCGAGGAGUCGCUGUGCGGAGAUGAAGAAGAGUCACUCGGCCAAUGACAGCGAAGAGUUUUUCAGGGAGGAGGAGGACGAGGAGCUGCACGCCACCUCUAACCUGCGCUCCCGCUCUCUCUCCGGUACCGGCCGCUCAUUGGUCGGAUCCUGGCUCAAACUGAACCGAACCGAUGACUACUUCCUGUUGUUCUCCCACCUGACCUACGUUACCCUGCCACUGCACCGCAUCACAGCAGAUAUCCUGGAGGUUCGUCAGAAGCCGAUCCUGAUGACAUAGCAGCUCCUCAGAGCCUCGUCUCCACCAAGUGCCUCCUGCAGCAGAGAACUACAACUCCCAGAGAACUACAGCUCCCAGAGAACUACAGCUCCCAGAGAAACAAUAACUUCCAAAGGACUACGGUUCGCAGAAUAUUACAACCAACACCAAUAGAACUACAACUCCCAGAGGACUGCAACCCCACAUACAUUAAGAAUCCCAGAGAACUACAACUUCCAAAACCUGCUUUCCCGAGAGAACUACAACCAAUUCCCAGAGGACUACAACUCCCAGAGGACUACAACCAAUUCCCAGAGGACUACAACUCCCAGAGGACUACAACCAAUUCCCAGAGGACUACAACUCCCAGAGGACUACAACCAAUUCCCAGAGGACUACAACUCCCAGAGGACUACAACCAAUUCCCAGAGAACUACAACCAAUUCCCAGAGGACUACAACACCCAGAGGACUGCAACCAACUUCCAGAGGACUACAACCAAUUCCCAGAGAACUACAACCAAUUCCCAGAGGACUACAACUCCCAGAGGACUGCAACCAACUUCCAGAGGACUACAACCAAUUCCCAGAGGACUACAACACCCAGAGGACUGCAACCAACUUCCAGAGGACUACAACUCCCAGAGGACUGCAACCAACUUCCAGAGGACUACAACCAAUUCCCAGAGGACUACAACACCCAGAGGACUACAACCAAUUCCCAGAGGACUACAACUCCCAGAGGACUGCAACCAACUUCCAGAGGACUACAACCAAUUCCCAGAGGACUACAACACCCAGAGGACUACAACCAAUUCCCAGAGGACUACAACUCCCAGAGGACUGCAACCAACUUCCAGAGGACUACAACCAAUUCCCAGAGGACUACAACUCCCAGAGGACUACAACUCCCAGAGGACUACAACUCCCAGAGGACUGCAACCAACUUCCAGAGGACUACAACCAAUUCCCAGAGGACUACAACUCCCAGAGGACUACAACACCCAGAGGACUGCAACCAACUUCCAGGAAACUACAAAUCCUUAAAAAAAACAGAACAACAACCAGAGCCCUGCUUCACCCGGAGGACUACAACUCACAAAAGAACUACAAUAACCAAACACCCCUGCUUCACCAGGAGAACUACCAGCCAUUCAGGAAGUGCCUCUUCUUCUUCUUCUUCUACUUCUUUAUCUCCUGCUGCGUCACAUGACCUCAGGAAGCGGAGGGAUUGGCUGAACUCUGGACAGGAAGUGGAGAUCGUGUGUUUCUGUAAAUAAUAACCGCUGCUUUUCUCACGCAGACGCCUCCACUCCAGAUCCUUCUUUGUUUUUAUAUAAAUCUGCAACGACGGGACGUAGAGGGAGUUUCUGUUGAAGGAUUCAUAUUUAUUAUUAUUAUUAUUAUUUACACACUUACCGCUCAACUAACACGUAUAUUCUCAGAGACUAACGAAGGAAAUCUGUCUAUAAAACAGAAUAUUUAGAUUUAAAUGUCAUUAUUUAGGUAGAAAAAAGUGCUGAAAUACCAACGAAGAAGCACAACCAGCAAAUAUUAUGUCAAAUGUAUUAUAAGGAUGAAAUCAUUAAAUACAAAAAAAGGGGAAUUUUACCUUGAAAAUGAUUUUAUUCUGAAAAGACACAGAAAAAAUGACUUUACUCUAAAAAAUAUUAAGAAUUUUUUAAUAUUAAAUAUUUUCUUUGCGACUCAACGAACGGAUCAAUUCUAUAAAAAUAUAUAUAACAAAUAAAUUAAAGGCGAAGUUUAAUUCUUUGUCAAAACGUAGUCUCUGUUUCGCUCCGCUGACUAAUCAACUCAACAUUUCGGAGUUAAAUUUCCAAUUUUAUUGAAGAAAUUCUUCGUUCUUUCCCCAAAAAUCUUACCUCUGACGGCGCGUCCACACGGAGACGCUUCCCCUUCACUUUGAAUGGGGUGACGUCACGCUUUGCCGAACUGCAUUGUGGUCCCGUCGCGGCGCUUUGCCUCCGUUCAGCUUUUCAAGUGUCGACGGAAGCGCCAGCCAAUCAGAUCAGUGCUUGUGUGUCCGGGGGCAGGAGAUUCAUGUGAUUGGUUGUUGGUCACACGCCAGACACGCCCACCGGCAAGCUUCAACGCCCGCUGCCGUGUGGACGUGGUACCGUUACCCUGACACUGUAUUCUUUUGUAUUAACCCUUUAAUCUGUCAUUAAAAAAUGAUUACUAUUUUUUUCCACUACGACAUGAAAGUAGAGAAACUCAGCGUUACAUUUUUACUUUGUUUGAAACUCAGAUUAAAGGAACUGGAGGAGA